ACGCACCACAUUCCCCGCUUCUCCUUAGCUUCUCCUCGUAGACGAGCACCCAGCAGCAAGCCUAUUGAUAAAUGUCCCUCCAAUGGUCGUCUGAAUAAAAACGACACGCAUUUCUCCCUCCAAUCUUUACGAGGAGUAACAAUCGGACCGCGACGCUGCAUUAAAUCCCUGAUCGUGCUCAAUAGAUGCUCAUUUCCUCACCAUGGCAACGGAAGACAAGAAACCAGAGACCGACACAAAACCUCCUGUUGUUCCAUCAGCGUCUGCCAGUCAAAGCAAGUCUGCGCCCGCCAAGCCCAACUACAGUCUGAAGUUCACACUAGCAGGCCACACCAAGGCCGUCUCCUCCGUCAAAUUCAGUCCCAGCGGAGAGUGGCUCGCCAGCUCCUCCGCUGAUAAACUCAUCAAAAUCUGGGGAGCGUACGACGGCAAGUUUGAGAAAACCAUAUCGGGACACAAGCUGGGCAUAUCCGACGUGGCCUGGUCCUCCGACUCCAACCUGCUGGUGUCCGCCUCCGACGACAAAACCCUCAAGAUCUGGGACGUCAGCUCGGGGAAAGGCUUAAAAACUCUUAAAGGUCACAGCAACUACGUGUUCUGCUGCAACUUCAACCCUCAGUCCAAUCUCAUUGUGUCCGGAUCGUUCGAUGAGAGUGUAAGGAUAUGGGACGUGAAGACCGGGAAGUGUUUGAAAACUUUGCCCGCUCACUCCGACCCGGUCUCGGCUGUCCACUUCAACAGAGACGGCUCGCUGAUCGUCUCCAGCAGCUACGACGGGCUUUGCCGGAUCUGGGACACGGCAUCGGGGCAGUGUUUGAAGACCCUCAUAGAUGACGACAACCCUCCCGUGUCCUUUGUGAAGUUCUCCCCCAACGGGAAAUACAUCCUGGCCGCCACGCUGGACAACACGCUGAAGCUGUGGGACUACAGCAAAGGAAAGUGCUUGAAAACGUACACCGGCCACAAAAAUGAGAAGUACUGCAUAUUUGCAAACUUCUCCGUCACCGGCGGAAAGUGGAUCGUGUCCGGCUCCGAGGACAACAUGGUUUAUAUCUGGAACCUACAGACCAAGGAAAUUGUGCAGAAACUCCAGAGCCACACAGACGUCGUCAUCUCGACCGCCUGCCACCCGACGGAGAACAUCAUCGCGUCCGCAGCUUUAGAAAACGACAAAACCAUCAAGCUAUGGAGAAGCGACUGCUAAGCUCCUGUUUCGGGAUUCUUUUGGGCCAUUCAACUUUUUUUUUUUUUUCUGUUGUUUUGUUGAACAACAGAAACGCUUGACUUUUUUUUUCCCCCCUCGUACGGCGCUCCCGUGAGACGCAGAGGGAUUGAGACCCGUCGACCACACGCAAUUUCCCCCGAGCCCCCAUGUGGGGUGUUCUACACGUCACAUUAGUUCUGCUGAAGUUGGAGACUUUCUUUUAGUUAAACAGUGAUGCUGUGUUCUGGUGCUUCAGUAUUUUUGACACUGCAUUAAACUCCCACCUCCCCCCCGAUGUUACAGCUCCCUACCGACCCGCGCUCAUUUGGCCUUUUAACGAAUCAUUUGUGUUUAUUUUUUUUUAGUAACUGUCAUAAUGACUUGAAGUGAAGUGACUUUAACAUCAAGCUUCAGGUAUUAAAAACAAAACCAAGACUU